AUGAAAUUUGCGUUUGAUGACUUAUUGAAUUCUAGUGAGAAUGAUGAUCUAUUAGAUAAGGUGGUUACGAGUGAGAAUAUCCAAGAAUCUCCUUUAUCUUCUCCUAAUUUAGAUUAUACAUAUAUCAAUGAAAGUGAAGAGGAUGAAAGUAUUCCACAUCUUCGAUUGCCAAGGAAGCAACUAGAUAAUGAAAUCAUGAUAAACAGUUUAAACAAGGUGAACAAUAUGAAUAGCUUUGUUGAGUUACGUAAAUCUGAAGAGACCCCAAGUCUCAAUCCUGAACUUCUUCAAUACAUGAAGGAUCUAGACUUAGAUUCUAGAUUGCCCAGGAUAAAUGUAUCGUUACAUGUAUUAGUUUCAAACAAUGGCAAUCUCUUAGUUAAUAAUAACCAAGCAGAUGGUUCUUUGGAAACUGUAAAGAAGAUUGAGAUUGACAACUCAAAGGAAAAAGCGGUUCUAUCGAUACAACAUUCAUUUACUUCGAGAUUGAAUGCACUAGUAAAUAGCAAUUUAGAGCAAGUUAAAGAUAUUAAGAAACGUAAAAAAGAGGAAGAACAGAGGAUACGUAAAGAGAGAGAAGACAGAGAACGUAAGAUAGAAGAAGAAAGAAGACGUAAAAAGGCUGAGGAAGAACUGAAACGCAAAGAGGAAGAAGAACGAUUGAGACUCGAAAAAGAAGCACUUGAUAAACAAAAGAAAGAAUUAGAGCUUAAAGAAAAAGCUCGAAAGGAGGAAGAGGCAUUGAAGACGCAACAAGAGAAAUUGGCAGAAUUGAAAUACAAUCAAAAUGUUGGCAAAGAAAUUACAAACUUCAAAGAGAUUAAUAAAACGUUCUUAUAUUAUAAAGAUAAAAUAAAAGAAAUCAAGCGUGAUAUAAUUGAACCUGUUAAAAAUGGUGAUAAAAAUUUCAAGAGUAUACUAUCGAAGCAUAAGCGUAAAAUAAAUCCAAAAUUCGGUCAAUUGACCAACAGCACCCAGCAAUUAAAAAAUGUUUAUGAGGAACUGACAAAACUCGUUGACGAAACAAAGACAAAUCAAUUAUCAUAUAAUUGGAUAUUGAAUUUCAUAUGUAAGGCAAUAGUAUCUCAAGCAGAAACCGAGGUUCGAGUCAAGCCAGCAUCUUCAUUAGCACUUGGGAAGUUAUCUGUUUUAUUAAUGAUUAGAUAUGAAGAAUUGACAGAAUUAUUGAAAGCAAGAUUUAUUAAAAAAUGUCCAUUUGUUAUAGGUUUUUCAUGUAAAAUUGAUACAGAAGAAGGUAGGCUAAGGAUGGGAUGGAAACGUAAGGAAGAUAAUAAAUGGGAAGAAGAGACGACAUAUGACGAAAGAAUGGGAGGUAUGGUUACUUUAUUUUCUGUAAUCACUAGAUUACCUGUUUCUACUGAAUUUAAUGGAAUUACUGCUGAAUCGAGAAAUCCUAUCCCAAUAAGUGAAUCGUGGAGAUUCCUUGCAAGGAUUUGUAACAUGGAUAAAGAAUUAUUAACAAACUCGCAUUUCAUCAUUUUAUGUUCGUGGUGGGAAGCAGCAGGGAAGCAGUUUGUUGAGCAUUAUGGAAAGCAGGGAGAAAAGCUAUUGCGAUUGGUUGCUGGAAACCUAAUAAACUCAGUUUCUGCUUCCAAAUUUAUUGGUGCCGCAAGAUUAUCGAUUCUAAUUGAAGAAUGGAUCACAACAGGUAGCAUCAAAUCAUUCCCCGAAAUGGAUGCGUAA